GGGAAGACAGGAGGAGGGAGUCCUUUGGGCGGUAAAAUGGCGCCUGUCAGAGUGGGAAACCCAGCUGCAGAGGCUGCAGCCCCGCUCCCCAGCGGCUAAAGGACCCCCGAACUCGGGGAGGGGGAAGCCGCUCCGGCCCAGCGCUCCGCGCCCUUCGGCUCCCCCUCCCCCUCCCCCUCCUUCCCUGCUCCUCAGCUCUGCAGGCCCGUUCUCCGUCGCGGCCCUUAGCGCGCCGCUGCCCCCGCCCGCUCCGUUCCUGCGGGUAGCCCCCUAGCGCGCCUGCGCAGCGGGCCACUCUCCGCUUUUCCCCCUUCCCCUCCCCCUCCCUUUUCCCUCCCUCCCUUUUCCUUGGCCCCCUCCCCCACAGCCCCCUCCCCCAAUUAUCCUUUCCCUUCUCUUCUGGUCUCGGAGGACCCCAUCCUAGCCCGACCUGUCUCGGCCGGCAACCUCCCCGAAGCCGUCGGUGCCACUCCCAGCCCAUGUGGGCCCCCGCGGGCUGCCCACGCUUGCCCCCCAGCUCCUGGUUCCGCUGGGCUUUCCCCUAGCCCGCGGUGGCUUUCUGAGCCGCCCGCUCCGUGCCCCUCUCUGCAGCCUCUCUUGCCACUCGGGGCCCCCGUUCCCCCUCCCGGCGGCGGGGGGCUGCCCCCGGGGGGCUGGCGGAGCUGGGCCGCGGGGGCCCCGGGGCCGGCGGUGCCGGGGUCAUCGGGAUGAUGCGGACGCAGUGUCUGCUGGGGCUGCGCACGUUCGUGGCCUUCGCCGCCAAGCUCUGGAGCUUCUUCAUUUACCUUUUACGGAGGCAGAUCCGCACGGUAAUUCAGUACCAAACUGUUCGAUAUGAUAUCCUACCCUUAUCUCCUGUGUCCCGGAAUCGGCUAGCCCAGGUGAAGAGGAAGAUCCUGGUGCUAGAUCUGGAUGAGACACUUAUUCACUCCCACCAUGAUGGGGUCCUGAGGCCCACAGUCCGGCCUGGGACGCCUCCUGACUUCAUCCUCAAGGUGGUAAUAGACAAACAUCCUGUCCGGUUUUUUGUACAUAAGAGGCCUCAUGUGGAUUUCUUCUUGGAAGUGGUGAGCCAGUGGUACGAGCUGGUGGUGUUUACAGCAAGCAUGGAGAUCUAUGGCUCUGCUGUGGCAGAUAAACUGGACAAUAGCAGAAGCAUCCUUAAGAGGCGAUACUACAGACAGCACUGCACUUUGGAGUUGGGCAGCUACAUCAAGGACCUCUCUGUGGUUCACAGUGACCUCUCCAGCAUUGUGAUCCUGGAUAACUCCCCAGGGGCUUACAGGAGCCAUCCAGACAAUGCCAUCCCCAUCAAAUCCUGGUUCAGUGACCCCAGCGACACAGCCCUUCUCAACCUGCUCCCGAUGCUGGAUGCCCUCAGGUUCACCGCUGAUGUCCGUUCAGUGCUGAGCCGAAACCUUCACCAACACAGGCUCUGGUGACAGCUGCUCCCCCUCCACCUGAGUUGGGGUGGGGGGGUAAGGGAGGGCGAGCCCUUGGGAUGCCGUCUGAUGCCCUGUCCAAUGUGAGGACUGCCUGGGCAGGGUCUGCCCGUCCCACCCCUCACUGCCCUUGGGAGCCCUACACUCCACUUGGAGUCUGGAUGGACACAUGGGCCGGGAGCUCUGAAGCAGCCUCACUCUAACUUCGUGUUCACACUCCGUGGAAACCCCAGACUGGGACGCAGGCGGAGGCCUAGGAGAGCUGAAACAGUGUUUGUGGUGGAGAGGCAGGACUGGCCAGAGUGACAGACAUACGGUGAUCCAGGAGGCUCAAAGAGAAGCCAAGUCAGCUUUGUUGUGAUUUGAUUUUUUUUUAAACUCUUGUACAAAACUGAUCUAAUUCUUCACUCCUGCUCCAAGGGCUGGGCUGUGGGUGGGAUACCGGGAUUUUGGGCCACUGGUUUUUCCCUCAAUUUGUCCCCCCUUUACUCUCGUAUUUUUCUCUCCUCAGACUCCCUCAGACCUGUAACCAGCUUUGUCUCUUUUUUUCCUUUCCUCUCUUUUAAACCAUGCAUUAUAACUUUGAAACCAAA